CCAAAUUAUUCUAAUCCGAAACGAAAAAUUUGUUCGUUCACAUUGUUAUCAAAAGAAAAAAUUAAAACAAAUGUCAGUAGUAACCGUUACGUUGUGUUUACUAGCUUGUAUAGCUACUGUGCUAAGUCGACCCGAUAUCAAUAUUGAAUCGAGGAUUGUUGGUGGCCAAAAUGCAGGGAUUGGACAGUUUCCUCACCAAGUUUCGUUGCGACAGAAUAAUCAACAUUACUGUGGCGGAUCCAUUAUAUCGCCUCUCAAAGUUUUAACAGCCGCACAUUGCAUUUAUGGCCAAUUAGUGACAUUGAACACUGCCGUCGUCGGUACAAAUACACUCAACUCAGGCGGUGUAUCUUAUCUAGUUUUGUCUGGCACUUUCCAUACAUCUUAUGACCCACAAACUUUGAUAAACGAUGUGGCGGUAUUAACUUUAGCACUUCCAAUUCUAUACAAUCAAUACGUUCAACCCAUAAACUUAGCGACAUCAAGUCCAUCACCAGGUGAAACACUUACUUUGUCCGGAUGGGGCUUAACAAGUUAUCCGGGUAGCACUCCAAACGACUUGCAGUAUAUAAACCUUCAAUCAUUGGACCUUCAAUCAUGUGCUGAAUCGUUGCAAGGAACCAGUCCAAUUUCAACUGGUCAUGUGUGCACAACAUCGCCGGCAGGUCAAGGAGCCUGUCAAGGUGAUUCUGGCGGUCCAUUAAUUAAUGCUGCAGGCGUCCAAGUAGGUAUUGUGUCGUGGGGAGUGCCAUGCGCUGUUGGUUACCCGGAUGUUUUUUCCAGUGUGGCAUUUUAUUAUAGCUGGAUUGAAUCACAUUGAAAUUUCAGACAUUUAUAGGUGAAAUGAAUUUGUUCUGCAAAUAUACCGCAC